GGGCGGAGACAAUGACGUGUGAACAGCUAGCCGCUAGCACAGUCUAUGAGUUCUGUGUGAAGGUUAGCCAGCUCCGGUAGCAGUGUCUGUUUAACGUUCGGUGUCAGGCAGUUCUUUAUACACAUCAACAAGUGAUCGACACUGUCGGAUAUAUAAGCGUAUCUUUCCUGAGUUUAAUGGGGCUAGAUAGAACACCGUUACCCGUUUUUAGAGCUCGGUUCGGCGCUGGUUCCGUAGCUCCGUCCGCCCUGCCGCUAACCUGCUAGCUAAAAAGGAAAAUAUGAUUUCUACCACUUUUCAUUCACUUCAUUAAUCGCCAUGGCGGUCACUCGACAGGUCAUAUCACCGAGUUUUUUGCAUUUACUAAAUUUUCAAACGUGUGUAACCACGUAAAGCUUUUUAAACGCUGGUUUAGGUUUGUUGUCAUUACAAGCUAAAGCUAGUAAGAGGACACUACAGGGAGCUACUCCGCCGGUGAUGUCUGAAGAUUUUCCAUUUCAAAAACUCGAGUCAGAUCGUCAAUGGCUCUCCAGCUGGCCACUCGCCGUUUGUCCAGAGGCAUCCUAAAUGUCUCCUUCAGUUCUGUUCGGUCUAAAGUCCGGCUGGAACAGCCUGUCAGAUACCUUGCAGCAUGUGGAAUCCUAUGGACAAAUCCCCAAAGAUGGACAUACUAUUGGGAUCAGAAAGCAACACCUACACCCCCAGCUCGGACCUUCAUCAGUCUGGCUAACAAAAGAAAGCAGUAUUCUGAGCGAAGGAUCAUGGGGUAUUCCAUGCAGGAAAUGUAUGAUGUGGUGGCAAACAUAGAUGACUAUAAACACUUUGUUCCAUGGUGCAAAAAAUCCGAAACUAUAAUGAAGAGAGCCGGACACGCAAAAGCCCAGCUUGAGGUCGGGUUCCCGCCAGUGAUGGAGAGAUAUACCUCCAUGAUCACGAAUGUUCGCCCUCAUCUAGUCAAAGCUGUGUGCUCAGAUGGGAAACUUUUUAACCAUUUGGAGACAAUAUGGCGUUUUAGUCCUGGCAUUCCCGGCUAUCCAAGGACUUGCACGGUUGAUUUUUCUAUAUCAUUUGAGUUUCGUUCAGUUCUGCACUCCCAGCUGGCCACCGUGUUCUUUGAUGAGGUUGUAAAGCAAAUGGUAGCUGCCUUUGAGAGUCGUGCUGGUAAACUCUACGGCCCUGAGACUCGCAUCCCUAGAGAACUCAUGUUCCAUGAAGUGCAUCAGACUUGAUCUUCCUGCACAACGGUUGUGUUUAUUUUCCAUGUGUUUUCAUUAUCUUGCUUAACGAUGAACUGUUCUCAUCGAAGCAGCUGAGUGUGAGCAACAGCGUUUUGGCAUCAAGGUUCGUCACCAAUUUUAUUACCUCUGUUCUGACCGUCAUUCAACGUGACAAAACUCCCAGAAAAUGGGAUAUUUAUAUGGUUUUUUUAGUCACCUUCUGCAUCUAUUCCAUGGAGGAUUACUGAGGACAAGCUUUCUGUAUAUCUGCUUCAACUGUGAAGGAAAUCGGAUCCUUAUUACUAUUUAAGCAUGCCAAGAAUGCGGCGCUAGUCAAGGAAAAUAAGCGUGAGGGGCUUUUCAUUUUGCCCAUGUUGCAGAGUGAUAUUAUUUUAGUUUUUAAUUUCUCCUUUUGACUCUUGAAAUGUAGGCAGUGUUAGGAUUUUUUAUCCACAGUGCAAGAAUUGCGCCUGGAUGAGGCCAGCCUCUUCUGAAAAGUACCAUAAUCACAACAUAUUUUAUUUGCCAUCUUGGAUUAUUUAUAGCCUAAAGUCUUUAUACUGUGAAACUGCUGUAAGUAUUGUGAAGUGCAAUAAGACAAAAGGGUUUAUUUCAACAGUGCUUCUGUUGUGUUUGCAAGAAGAGGAGGAUACGUUGUGUUCAUGUAUUUGAAUCGCUGACCAAAAAUUUAAAAAAGAAAAAAAGAAAGGAAAAUCGAUAUUAACUGUGCUUGUAAGUACUCUGGCCUUUAUUGAAACAGCACAUGCUAAAAUCUAUUUUAGUGGCAUAGUUUAGUUUUUUAUUAUAGCUGUUAUUUUCAGUUUACACCAGAAGUGUCCCUUCUGAGUCUUAUGAGCUCCAAACCAGUUACUGUUUAUUUUAUAUUCAUACCUGAGGAUGAAAGGGUGAAUUUCUACAUUUGCUUGUGUACUGUAUUAUUGCAUUUCAGUUAUUGGCAUUGGGUUAAAGGGGGAGUUGAUGGUUUUUCAGCUGUCUUCCAGAGCAUAUUGGAGUUGAAAUUAAAUAAUGAAUCUGAGCUCAAA